CAGCAGACUGCUCUCCGCCAUUUUCGUUAGCUGGUGUCGCAGAAGUGGUAGGCGUUGUCAUUAAGCUAACGAAACGAGUAUUUGUUGCAUUAAGGUCACUUUUGAGGGCGCUUCACUCGUUAACAUCAACGAAGACAGUCACAGUUUAAUUUAGUAAGACACUAAACUGCGCAAGAAGAUGUCCAACGAGCAGGCCGAAAAUACUGCCGAGAAAGUAGGCCAGCAGCAGCCGCAGCAGCAGCCUCCUCCGCCGCAGCAGCAGCAGCAGCAGGGAGAAGUUAAUGGGAAAGCCAAGCAUGACUCCAAUUCCAGCAGGAAGGAGAGGCCCCAGAAGAGAGGUGGUGGCGGGCGCUACGAACCCUAUGGAAAUGUGAACAAAAGAUACCGUGUCUUUGUCAGCAACAUCCCAUAUGAUGUGAAAUGGCAAGCCCUCAAAGACCUGAUGAAAGAAAAAGUGGGUGAGGUAACGUACGUGGAACACUUAAUGGACGCAGAAGGCAAAUCGAGGGUAAGUGCAAAUACAUACAAAUAAAAAUAUGAAUAAUCCUAGACAAACCUGUGUUUGUCAGCUUUGGUUUCUUUAUUUUCAUUGUUGGGAAUUGUUCAGAUUCAGAAACCUGGUGGAGUGUGCGAGAUGGUGACAUGCGGAAGUGCGUUUUAUUUGGUGUCGUCUGUGGCACUGACUCGAGGUCAUCCCGAGGGUUGAUGCUCUUACAACAGGACGUCAGCUUUCUUUGUAGCCAAUUGUGGGAUUGCAGUAGCUGACAAUGUCCCUUUGGUUGCCGGAUUUGCUCCUCAUGAACUAAAGGGGUCUAGUCUGCUAGAGGUUGUUACACGGCUGUUAGAUGGUUGUUAAAUAUAACCCAUUCCGUAGAACUGUUUUACGGGAAAAGUUACCUCCAAUAUCUUAGUAGUGGGGAAUCCUAUCUCACUGUGGAUUUUCUGCCCUUUGGAUGCUGGAAAAAUACUCUAAUAUUCACCUGAUGUGACUGGGGAAAAUGUGAGAUCUUAACAUUGUAAUUUUAUUUGGAAUCAGAGUUGUUGCCAAGUCUGUAGGCUUGUGUGAUGCUGAACUUUUUAAUGUGCAUGAAAUUCAAUAUUUUUGCUUAAAUUUAGUUUCAAUUAGGACACCUGUUAUAACCAUUGCUUUUACUAAUUUGAAUUAUUCUUUACUCCUCUGGGUGUGACCUGUUAUGUCUUCAAUCAACAAAGGGUUGUGCUGUGGUUGAGUUUAGGACUGAGGAGCUAAUGAAGAAAGCAGUGGAGAAGGUCAACAAGCACAACCUCAAUGGACGACCCCUAAAAGUGAAAGAGGACCCCGAUGGUGUCAUUGCUCAGAGAGAAAUCAACAAGGCUCAAGGUGGAGGCCCACCAGGGGGCCAUGGGGGAAUGGGAGGAAUGGGUGGAAUGGAUCGUAUGAAUAUGGAUCGAAUGGGGCCUGGACCAAAUGGCCCAGGAAUGGUCAACAUUCCUCCUAGCUUGAUGAACAACCCCAACAUCCCCAAUGAGAUCAUCCAUGGUCUCCAGGCUGGCAGGAUUGGAAGCACUGUCUUUGUGGCUAAUCUUGACUACAAAGUGGGCUGGAAGAAGCUGAAAGAGGUAUUCAGCAUGGCGGGCAUGGUGGUGAGAGCUGACAUUCUUGAGGACAAGGAUGGGAAAAGCAGAGGCAUGGGCACGGUGACGUUUGAUAUGCCCCUUGAAGCAGUCCAAGCUGUCUCUAUGUUCAAUGGACAGCUGUUAUUCAACAGAGUCAUGCACGUCAAACUGGAUGAGAAAUCCCUGCCCAAAGACUUUGGACCUCCUGACAGAGGAUCUUCUGCUCUUCCCCGUGGCCUGAGUGGUAUUGGUUUGGGCCUGGGACCUGGUGGCCAGCCCAUUGAUGCUACCCAACUCAACAGAGGAGGAGGAGGAGGUGGUGGUGGUGGAGGAAUGGGCAACAUGGGACCUGGAGGAAUGGAUGGAAUGGGCUUUGGCAACAUGGGAGGUCGUAUGGGGGGAGGGGGAGGAGGAGGAGGAGGAGGAGGAAUGGACAACUUUGGAGGAAUGAACAACAUGGAUCGUUUUGGUUCUUCAGGGAUGGGCAGGAUGAACGAGAUGGACCGUGGGAUUGGUGGUGCUUUUGACAGGGAGUUUGGGCGAAAUGAAAUGGGAAUGUCUCGCAAUAAUUUUGGAGAAUCCUUUGAGAGAGGAAUGGGAAACUCCCUGGGUAUGGAUCGCAUGAGCUCUGGAAUGGACCGCCUGGGAACCAGCAUGGACCGCAUGGCAGGGAUGGACCGGAUGGGCAUGGACAGGAUGGACCGCGUGUCUGACCUGGACAGGCUGGGUUCUGGGUUUGACCGGAUGGGCUCGGGGAUGGACCGGCUGGGGCCCAGUAUGGACAGGCUUGGACCUGGCCUGGACCGUAUGAGCUCCAGCAUGGAACGCCUCGGCCCAGCUGGGUUUGACCGCUUAGGCCCAUCUGGUUUGGAUCGCAUGGGUUCUGGCCUGGACUUUGGUUCCCCAAUGGGUAUGGAUCGCAUGGGCAACACCGGGCUUGACAGAAUGGCCACCAGCUUCGACCGCAUCGGCUCCACUGGAGGACUUGACCGCUUCCCCUCCGGUGGCCUCGACCGCAUGAGCUCUGGCAUGGAUCGGAUGGGGUCUGGAGGUGUUGGCGGUCAGUUUGAUCGCUCUGCUGACUUGGAUCGUGGAUUUGGUGGCAAUUCCUUUGGAGGAGCUGGAGGGCCUGGAACCGGAGGAGGCAAUGUCAGGAAGGGAUGCCAGAUCUUUGUCAGAAAUCUGCCAUUUGACUUCACCUGGAAGAUGCUGAAGGAUACCUUCAAUACAUGCGGCAUGGUUCAGUAUGCUGAUAUUAAGAUGGAGAACGGCAAGUCCAAGGGCUGCGGUGUGGUUCGCUUCGACAACCCGGAAACUGCUGAGCGCGUCUGCCGGACCAUGAAUGGCUACAGGCUGAAUGGAAGAGAAAUUGAUGUUAGGAUUGAUAGAAAUGCAUAAGUUAUUCGUGUGCAUUACAUCAGACAUUUCAUUUAGUCUCUAAUGUCUAAGCGCUCUGUAUCAUCUGAAUUGCCCUUCAGCAUAUUCAUAUUCACUUGGUUUGUUAGAUAUUUGUACCGGUGCAAAUGUUUUAGUUAUUUGUAACAGUGAACGUGUUUUAGUUCUUGCUUAAAUUUUACUUUUUUUAGAGACCAAAUUUUUAAUUUUUUUUUUGUUUUGUUUUGUCAUGCUUCACUUGUCAUUGCCUUUGUUCUAUAAGGUGUUUUGAUAAAUAAACCUCAAUAUCUGAAA